CUUUGCCUUCAAAAUAGGGAAACAUAAGUAGCAGGCAUCAAACAAAUGAAAAAAAAGGUCAAAUUAUAGAAUGAAUACUAAAUCUUUCCCGCUUGUCAACUAGCAUUAGCAAUAACUUACCUGUAAUUAGUCUUUCACCAACAUGUAUGUAGCUAAAGCUGGGGGUAAAUUUCAAGGUUUAAAGUUACUUAACUGGAGUAGCUAAAUUGCUGAGUAACAGUUAAUAUCAGAGAAAUAAUUAUGGCUACAAAUAAAGUGGUUGUUGAAACUCAAAAGCUGGAGUCCUGUAGGACAACAGGGGAAGGAGACGCAGCUAUUCAUGUAAAGAUAAUACAGGUCCCAGUCAAGUGUGGACCCCUCACUGCUGCAGGGGUUUCAAAGACACCUGAAGACACCCCCGCUGGCCUGAGCCACCAACCUGCCUCCUCCACAAUUACAGCCCCAGGCCCUCAGACCUCUCCCUCUGUUAUGGUGGCAGCUAAGGUGGCCACCCCAGGAAGAGCGAGUGCCGAUGGGCCACCACAGGUAACUAAAGCAGCUGUGAGCCAGGUGGCCUCCAUGAACCUGACCACAACUCCAGGGAGGACGGUGAUGAUAACUGUACCGAGGGCUGCCACUCCACAGCCGGUAGCUGUGGCCCCUCGACUGCCACAGACUGCUUCCACACAGCUCCCAGCCAAUAUCCAGAUACCACCAGGUAUGAUGCUGAUCCGCAGUGACAGGGGUCAGCUGAUGCUGGUAUCCCAGCAGGCUUUGGCACAGGCUCAGCAGGGCCCGAGAGCUGGCAGCGGUCAAGCGGCCAGAAUACUGACCCCGCAGCUGUCAUGUGUGGAACAGCUAUCUGCAGCACCUGCAAGUAAAAGCAACGAGAAGGUGACUGUGAUCAGAAUGACGGCCCCUUCCAGCUUCCAGCCUGCAUCAGUCCAGAAGACAGCUGUGGUGAAGGUGAUUGGUGUAGCUCCUAAACCAGCUGUGGUCCAGACCCUCAGUGCUGUGGCUGAUCAGGGGGGCCAGCCUCACUUUCAGGCAGCCAUCACAGAAACCAAAAAGGAGCCACCACUCACAUUUAGUCAGCAGGAGACCCUUGAAAGUGUGAAGAAGUGCAAAAACUUCCUGGUGACUCUGAUCAAGCUGGCCUCCAGUGACUCCAAGUCAGCCAACAUGGCUAACAACGUGAGAGGACUGGUCAGGAGUCUGCUGGAAGGGAAGGUAGAAGCAGAGGAGUUUACAGAACAACUCUAUCAGGAGUUGAAGUCAACACCACAGCCCUGCUUGGUGCCUUUCCUCAAGAAAAGUCUUCCUGCAGUGCGCCGCCUUACUGCAGACCCCCAGUUAUUUAUCCAACAGGCUUCAACUUCUACCCGCAAUCCCACCAUGAAGCAGUCCACUGACACAGGAAAAACCCUCAAGGCUAGCCAGCAGAUGAUGCAGCAGCCUAGAGGAGCGACUGUGAGACCUGGGCUGACUAUGUUAGCCCAGUCCAGAGCAUACAUAUCCAAGAGCAGCAGGCCCACACCCAAACACACAGUGAUCCAGACAGGGAAACACUUCACAGGAACUUUAUCUAUGAAGCAGCCUUUUGCCCAGGAUCCACCAUGCUCCACCAAAUUUGCAUUCAAGGACAGUUCAGGAUCUUACAAAGAAGAUGAUGACAUUAAUGAUGUCGCCUCCAUGGCUGGAGUCAACCUGAGAGAGGAGAAUGCACAGAUCCUGACCACCAUGGUUGGCUCUGUGGUGCAGUCAUGUCAGGAUCAGCCCUUCCUCUCUCCUAACCCAGUGCUCAGCCGAAUCCUUCACACAGGACAGGCACUGGGGGUGACUGAUGUUGGUCCUGAGGUGGUAGCUCUGGUUUCUCAUGCUACUCAGGAGUGUCUGCGCGGGAUGCUGGAGAAGCUCACUGUGAUGGCAGAACACCGCAAGGCAGCCCUGAAGGAGGACCUGUGGAACACCAAAGUGAGUGAUGUUCGCUCUCAGCUUCGGUUCCUGGAGGAAGUGGAGAGUUUAAAGAGGAAGAGGAAGGAGAAAGAGGAGAAAGAGAGACUGUUGCGUUUGGCCAGGAGUCGCUCACACACUGAGGAUCCACAGCAUCAGCAGCUCAAGCAGCGGGCCAAAGAGCUGCAACAGAUAGAAGCAGCUCAGCUGCAGCAGCAAGAGGCCAACCUCACUGCGCUGGCUGCCAUCGGGCCUCGCAAGAAGAGACCUCUGGAGCAGACGGAGAGCCAGGUGUCUCUGCUGCCCAGGCAGGGUGUUCACAGAGUGACUCGGAUCAUGCUGAGGGAUCUGCUGGUGUGUAUGGAGCAGGAUCACUUUCUACGCCACUCCCUCACUCUGUACAAAGCAAUGCUCUGAUAACCUGCUGCUCUAAUAAUAAUAAUCAUCUUUGUUUUGUGUUUAAAAUAUCCAAAGUGCCCUAUUUUAUUUUCUUAAAAUUUACCUUAAAAUUAUUUUUUUGCACUUUGUGUCAGUUCUGUAUAAAACAUCUAUAUCUAUAAAUAGAUUAAUAGAAUAAUAAUCUCCUAUAAUAUAUAAAUGUCUUAUGUUGUUUGGAAGACUGGUGCUGGUCUCUAAUAGCACUCCUGAUUUUGGUUUUGAUGUUUGUUUCUUUAAAAAGAAAGAUUUCCAGGAGCAGGAUUAUAAAGAUAGUAGAUAAGUGCUUCUAGUGAACACUGCUGUUAGUUGAAUUGUUGAGUAAAGGCAGUAAGUGUUGAGUUCUCAGUUGGAUUUAGGUUUGUUUUCCUUCAUCUGCUUGUUUAUUGUUUGACCAUUAAAAAAAAAAAAGUUUGAGUUA